CUCUCUCACGUUGUUGUCUCUUCUCCUUCCGUUGCCUCCGCUUCGCCUUUUCCUGUUCCGUCCAAAUAAAACGCUCGAGCUACCAAACCCUAGGUAGGGCUCCUUUCGAUCCGAUUCAAGUCGAUCUCAGUUGGGUGCGAGAUUGGACUGGAGGGGGAUGACGAUACCUAGUGCCGAGGGAUUCCUCCCGGCGGCGAGCUGCCUGCCGUGCACGGCGGAGGAGGAAAGGGCGGCCGUCGACGCACUCACGCGGGAGGCCGACGCGAAUGUCAAAGACGGCGAUCUCCGCUAUCUCAUCUCACAAAGCUGGUGGACCAACUGGCAAUCUUAUGUGGGCUUACUCAGUUAUGGGGAGAAUGACACUGACAUUCCUCUUCAACCUGCAAGUAGACCUGGAGAGAUUGAUAACAGAAAGCUUGUUUUGGAGGAAACUAGCAGUGGCAGUGAAGAUACAGAGCUCCAAAGAACCUUAAGAGAAGGGGAGGACUACACUUUGGUGCCACAAGAUGUCUGGAGAAAACUAUAUGACUGGUAUAAAGGUGGACCAGAGAUAUCUAGGAAAGUGAUAUGUGAGGAUCCAACUUCCAGGAGAUACAUAGUCGAUGUCUAUCCCCUUCAUUUGACACUAAUUGAUGAAAGAGACAACUCUGCACGGACCAUCAAACUAAGUAGGAAGGCCAAAGUUAGUGAGCUUUAUAGAUUGGUUUGCUCACUUUUGUCUGUGGAGCAGUCCAAGGUUCACAUCUGGGAUCAUUACCAAAAGUUGAAGAACAAAAAGUUGACCAAUCGCAAUGAGACACUUGAGGAAGCUCAACUUCUGAUGGAUCAAGAGAUUCUCUUGGAGGUUAGUGCAGAUGAUAUCUGGUCUUCCGAUCAUCGUACAAGAUCUACCAGCAAUGAAUUAGCAUUACUUCCACUGGAACCCACCACGUCAUCAUUCUCAAUUGCUGGAGGCCCUAACUUUUCAAAUGGCUAUUCAUCUGGAAUUGGUUCCAGUCUUUCACAAGAUAAUAGCCUUAAUCCUUUAGUAAGGGACACAGAAGAUGGGUAUAGUAUUUUCAGCAAUGGAACGAAAGAUGACAUCCAUGGAUUGACUGGGUUACAUAACCUGGGUAAUACAUGCUUCAUGAAUAGCGCCAUACAGUCCUUGGUCCAUACGCCUCCACUGGUGGAGUAUUUUUUGAAGGAGUACACUCAGGAGAUAAACACGGAAAAUCCGCUUGGGCUGCAGGGUGAACUUGCAGUAGCAUUUGCUGAACUACUGAGAAAACUUUGGACCGCUGGUCGCACUUCUGUACCUCCACGUGCAUUUAAGUCAAAACUUUCUCGUUUUGCUCCUCAGUUUAGUGGAUAUAAUCAGCAUGAUUCUCAGGAGUUGCUUGCAUUUCUGUUGGAUGGUCUGCAUGAAGAUCUCAAUCGCGUGAAGAAGAAACCAUAUAUUGAAGCAAAGGAUGCUGAUGAUCGUCCUGAUGAAGAAUUUGCUGAAGAAUGCUGGAAUUACCAUAAAGCUCGAAAUGACUCCAUAAUAGUAGAUAAGUUCCAGGGGCAAUACAAGUCCACCUUAGUCUGUCCAGAAUGCAACAAAAUCUCUGUUACCUUUGACCCAUUCAUGUAUUUAUCGCUACCAUUACCCUCAACUGUUACUCGAAUGAUGACUGUGACCGUAUUUAGUGGUACUGGGGAUUCUCUUCCCAUGCCUUACACUGUUACAGUACCGAAAAAUGGAGUUUGCAGAGAUCUUUGUAAAGCCCUGAGUGAUGCGUGCUGCUUAAAAGAGUCUGAGACGUUGUUACUUGGAGAGGUAUAUGAUUAUCGGAUAUACCGUUAUUUCAGUCCAUUGGAGCUACUUCAUAUUAUAAAAGAUGGUGAUCAGCUUGUUGCUUAUAAGCUUCCUGCUGGCCAUGAAAAACUUUUGAGGAUUGAGAUCCUACAUCGGAAUGUGGAUAGAUUUACUCCAGAGCCCCAGUUUAAUGCUCGGAAGCUCAUUGGAAGCCCUCUUGUGACUUGUAUUCCCAAUGACUCAACAAGAAAAGCUGAUAUUUAUGCGGCUGUCUCUGCGGUUCUGGCUCCAUUUGUACGAGCAAAAGUGCAUGCUCCAGGUGAGUCUCUGUUGAAUGGCAGCAGGCCAAGUCUGGAUGGUAUUGUACUAAAGGAUAAUGGAGCCUCAUGUGAGAAGGGUCUUUCUACGUCAAAUGUGGAUGAAGCAACGAGUGAUGCUGAGUUUUUGCCGUUUAAGCUUUACUUGAGUGAUGAUAAAGGUCAUAUAAGAAAUCCUGUAGAAGAAGAUUCUGAUCACGUUUUUGGUUUGCCCAUGAGGCUAUUGAUGGGUUGGUCUGAUAAAGAACAUGAAAUAUAUAACCUUAAAUACAUGGAUGAUCUUCCUGAUGUUUUCAAGCCAGGAUUCAUGUCAAAGAAAACACGGCAAGAAGCAGUCAACUUAUUUUCAUGCUUGGAUGCUUUUCUGAAGGACGAACCUCUAGGCCCUGAUGACAUGUGGUACUGUCCUUGCUGCAAGGAGCACAGACAGGCUAGCAAGAAACUCGACUUGUGGAGGUUGCCUGAGAUAUUGGUGGUCCACUUAAAGAGGUUUUCAUACAGCCGUUAUAUGAAAAAUAAGCUUGAUACCUUUGUGAACUUUCCAAUCCAUGAUCUCGAUAUGACCAAGUACGCAAAGCACACAUCAGGAGGCGACCAGCCCCACAUCUAUGAACUCUAUGCGGUGAUAAAUCAUUAUGGUGGUUUGGGAGGUGGUCACUAUUCUGCCUAUGCGAAGUUAAUAGAAGAAGAUAGCUGGUAUCACUUCGAUGAUAGUCAUGUCUCCACUGUCAAUGAAGAGGAAACAAGGACAUCUGCUGCUUAUCUGCUCUUCUAUCGACGUGUUGAUGGCAAUUCCUGUGCAAUGGCCGAUGUUGUUCCAGUCGACACCCAUAUGGUUGAUUCACUUGAGGCAUAGAUUUAAGUCCGAACAUCAGUAUCAUGUGGUUUUGUGGCACUUAUGGGCUCGUGCUAUGAAUAUUGUUUGACUGCAAUUUUGCUGGUUUUGGGGCACUAUUGGUGUAUGGUAGGUCGUUGCACAAUUGAAGGUUAGGGUUUCCAGUAUCUCCAGUCUUGUCGGUUUAAAAGUAGGAUUCAUCUUGACAAGUAAACUCUGAAGUGUAGCUGGCUACAGCCUACAGGUAGUAUGUCGAAGUAACUUCUGAGGAUGCGUUGUUGGCUUGGGUAAUAUAUAUACUGUCACUAUUGGUGUCGAUGAGAGGUUGGUAAACUCUGAAGUGUAGCUGGCUGUCUGUAACUUAAUCUACUGUCACUAUUGAUGAGGUUGGUAAUAUAUAUACUGUCACUAUUGGUGUCGAAGUAA